UUAAAGAGACGUAGAAAUUUAGAUACUUCUGUAGAUUCAGUAUAUAUGAAACCUAUAACAAAUAAUGCUUCAGAAGGUUCAAAUUUAGCUUUAGAUUCUUUAAAUUCAGCUUCAGAAGGUUCAAAUUCAGCUUUAGAAGCUUCAGAUUCGGCUUCAGAAACUUCAGAUUUGGCUUUGAUUCCAGAAGUAAACAGCCUG